CACACACACACACACACACACAGACUGUGACACUUAAACAGACGGAGACUGGAUGCUUUGGCAGCAGAGACACAGCAGCUCAUUAUUUUGAGAACUCAAAGGAGUGAACACAUGAUGAAAUGUCAGUUAUUUUUCCGUGCUGGAUUGCUGUUGUUUUGGAUACUGACAGCAUCCGUCAGUUGCCAAGAGAUAAAAGUGAGCGAACUGCCUAAUGGGAUUAAGCUGAUGUGUGGCGAUAAAAAAAUAAUUAAAUUAGAAAGUAAUACAGAUGUUACGGAACUGGACUACAUGGAUGAAAACACAGGAGUGUACACAUGUACGCAAUCUGAUGAUGAUGAGGACAUUAAAGGACCUAAAAUCUUUGUAAAAUUUCGCACCUGUGAAACCUGCAUAGAGCUCGACGUGGCUUCAGUAACGGGAAUAGUUGUGGGAGACGUGGUGGCCACAAUUAUGAUAGGAGUGGCUGUCUACCUCAUUGCGUCUCAUGCCCGGACCGGUCCAUUCACCUCUAACAAGAAAAGCUCCGAUAGACAGCCUCUAUUUCCAAGUGAAGUGAACAGAGCCCCCAAUGAUAUGUACCAGCCUCUGCAACAUCGAAAGAAAGACACGUAUGAUGUGCUUAAUAACAGAAGAUAGCUGCCAGAAACCUAAAAUCCUCUCUGAAAACAUGCUCUCCGUGCGCAACUCAAACAUCUGCAGGAGGAAAAAGUCUGUUUUCAGUGAUGUGCCGCUUAACUCAAAUGUAAAUUGCUUUGUAUGAUACUGUUUCAGCUGCAGAUCUCUUAGCGUUUCUUUUUUACUAUGCCUGUAAGAUUUGGCUCUUUAAAGAACACGCACAUAAAGAGUGACGUGUUAACAUGUUGCUGUAUGUCUUGGUUCAGUGUUUAUCAGCUGUUGUUCUUAUUUUGAUUAACUUACGUGGUAUUUUUUUUUUAAAAAAAAUUAAUUAUCUAUGAUUUUCUCCUCUCACACUGUAAGUAGGGCUGCUACAACAGCCACCUCAUACCAUGACUUAAAACUGUAUUCCAAUACAACUGACAUUGUGGUACAAAAUUAAAAGUUGAGAAAUACAA